UUAUGUAAAGGAGAUCAUUUUGAUAGUUGCUCCCAUGUUGUACACGCUAAACCUCCUAAGGGCACAGCUAAGGCCUCAGUCUUUGAUGACAUCAACCAGCUAACCAUGACCGUGACCAUGACUGAUCUGGAGCCAGAGGACUCUGGACGUUACUAUUGUGCUGUGGAGGUCAAUGGUGGACCAGAUGUCAGGGCAGAAUGGUUCCACCUAUCUGUCAUACCAGGUACUCCAGAACUCUAUGUGGACCAACAGGAGGUGACAGGAGUUGAAAGAGGGAGUGUCAUUGUAAAUUGUUACUAUAGUAACACUGGAAAUAGGAAGGGGUGGUGCAGGAUUGGUGGCAGUGGGUCCUGUGUGGGGGUGGAUUCUGGGACAAUAAACGGAACAUCAGUGACUCUACAGCAGACCACUGAUGCCACCAGAAGAAACGUCUUAAUGGUGACUAUGAGUGGACUGAAGAUGGAGAACACUGGCUGGUACAGGUGUGGAGUGGAAGACCUUAUAAUGCCUGUUCACAUCACUGUCAGACAACAAACCACCACACAAAGUACCACCACUAUGACCACUGCUGUGCCUGUUCAGACUGACAACACAGUCCAAGGACCUGAGGGGGGCAAGGAGAAGGACACCAUGAGGUAA